CCGUGUCCCAUGGGUGCCGCGUCCCCGGCGCAGGUGGAAGCCGCAGCUGCAGGAGCUGCUGAAGCUCCCGGCCUUCAUGCGGGUGUCGUCCACGGGGAACAUGCUGAGCCACGUGGGUCACACCAUCCUGGGCAUGAACACCGUGCAGCUCUACAUGAAGGUGCCGGGCAGCCGCACCCCCGGCCACCAGGAGAACAACAACUUCUGCUCGGUGAACAUCAACAUCGGGCCCGGGGACUGCGAGUGGUUCGCGGUGCACGAGCACUACUGGGAGACCAUCAGCGGCUUCUGCGACAGGCACGGGGUGGAUUACCUGACGGGCUCGUGGUGGCCGGUGCUGGAGGACUUGUACCGCUCCAACAUCCCCGUGUACCGCUUCGUCCAGCGCCCCGGGGACCUGGUGUGGAUCAACGCCGGCACCGUGCACUGGGUGCAGGCCACGGGCUGGUGCAACAACAUCGCCUGGAACGUGGGGCCCCUCACGGCCUACCAGUACCAGCUGGCGCUGGAGCGCUACGAGUGGAACGAGGUGAAGAACGUCAAGUCCAUCGUGCCCAUGAUCCACGUGUCCUGGAACGUCGCCCGCACCGUGAAGAUCAGUGACCCCGACCUCUACAGCAUGAUCAAGUACUGCCUGUUGCAGUCCGUAAAGCACUGUCAGGUGACACCGGGUGACAGUGGGUGUUGCAGGUACUGCCUGUUGCAGUCCAUCAAGCACUGUCAGGUGCAGCGCGAGAGCCUCGUGCGCGCAGGGAAGAAAAUCACCUUCCAGGCGCGGGUGAAGGACGAACCGGCCUAUUACUGCAACGAGUGUGACGUGGAGGUGUUCAACAUCCUGUUCGUGACGAGCGAGACGGGCGGGCGCAACACGUACCUGGUGCACUGCGAGGGCUGCGCGCGGCGCCGCAGCGGCGCCCUGCACGGCGUCGUCGUGCUCGAGCAGUACAAGACCGAGGAGCUCAUGAACAUCUACGACAGCUUCACCCUGGUGCCAUCACCCGGCUCCAGAUGAGCCCCGCCCCCCCCCAUCGGGGGGGUCACGUGAUGAUGGGGGGGGCGUCACAUGCCCUCCCCCUCCCCUCCCCCAUAAUGAACAUUGUUAUUUAUUCACGGUGAUAUCGCCCC